AUGGAUGAGAUAGAAAAAGUCGACAAAGUUGCUACAGAGUACUUGAAAGAAGAAGAACCAAAAAUAUGGGCUCGUUCAUUUCAUACCAACAGAAGGUACAAUUUGCUUACAACUAACAACGUGGAGUCCAUGAAUGCGGUACUGAGAAAAGUAAGGCAACUGCCAAUGCUGGGACUGAUCGAUUAUAUUCAAAAUAGGUUACAAAAUUUGUUUAAUGAAAUAAAAAUGGAAGAACAAGGAAAAUUUCAAGACAUCACACAUUGGUCGGAAGUGGAGGUGACUGACAAGAUUCAAGCCGCCUUGAAAUUGAAAGUAGGGCCCAUUGAUGCAAUAAGAUUUAUUGUAAGAGAAGGAGGAGUUGAAUAUAUUGUAGACCUGAAGAGUAGGACUUGUCAAUGCUUGGUAUUUCAAACAGAUGAGAUACCAUACAUCCAUGCAAUUGCAGCGAUAAACAGUAGAAAUAUGAACAAGUCUAGCUAUUGUUCUCAUUAG